AUGUCGAAAACAAGUAUACCAUCGCCGGCAAGAUCGCACGGAUCAAUCACGCCCCGAAGGGUCCGGGCUCUGCCCAAAAGAACUCGUUGUUUGGCGUCUCCAAGUUUAAAACAAACUCCACGACUCACAAAUAUUAUGGAAGAUGCCUUUCAGUUGUCUCCAUUACCCCAGCGACAAUCUAUAUUAAAUGAUGAAACUGAUAUUCAGGAACCUCUACGCAAAAGUUGGUGGAAAAACCUAAAUGAAAAUUCGAGAGAUAUGCAAGAAUUGUAUGAAAAUAUGAAUCCUCCAGUAGCAAAUAAUGUUUUAGAUGAUAUCAAUAUAGAACCAUCGAGCCCAGAAAAAGAAUUCUCUAUAGAAAUACCAGAUAGUAGUGAUGGUGAAUCCAUUCAAAGCAUUGCAACCCCUCAACGGAAAAAUAUAUUUUCAAAUAAAGAAAGUACAAAACAAAACUAUUUUAAAAAUAUGACUAUUGUUCAACAAAAAAGAAAAUUUUCAUCGCAACAGAGUUCUGAUUCUGACGAUAGCAUAAACAUUGUGCCAAAGAAAAUUUUUAACUACACAAAGGACAAAUCUAUAGAAAUGCUUCCAAAAGAACUUUUAAAAAACCUUAAAAAGGAUCGUGCAAAUACCUCUUCCAGUAUUGAAGUGCCACUAAAAUGUAUAAAAGCCCAUAAUUUGUUUGACAAAGAGCCAAAAACAAAACCCAAAAUCUCAGAUUUGGGUUUAAAUAAUGUACCAUCUGCGUCAGAUGUAGAAAUGCAUGAAAUUUCUUCAAAACAAAUAUUUACUUUGAAUAGACGGUCUAGUGUGAAACUACAUGUUAGAUCAUCUAUUCAAAGUGUUAUUGAUGAAGAUUGGAGUCAACCUUUGCCGUCAUCAACUAUGAUAGAAAGUAUGUCAGAGGAAGAGACUCCAAAUCAUAAAAGAAUUAGUGGAAAAUCUGUACAUCUAAGUCAAAGCCAGAACAAGCCUAUAGAUCAAGAGAACUCGAUGGAUAAUACACUAGUUAGUGACAACAAUGAUAAUAUUGAAAACCCAAAUCUUAGUAAAGCUCAGUCACAGUUGGAGGAUAUAUCAGCUGAUCAUAAUGAAACACUUGUUAAUCAAAGCAUUAGUAAAAACAACAAGUCACAGUUAAAGGACACAUCAGGGGAUCAUAAUCAGACACAUAUUAAUAAAAGCAUAUAUAAAGAGACUGAAAAAUCUCUUAACAAUAGUAAUAAUAAUCAGAUGCAAAACGAUAAAAACAGUAGUUCUACCAUUCCAGCAAACAUUGUACAUGAAGGUUUAGGAAAAGAAAUCUCGAAUAUGACAUUAAAAGACAAUACAAGAGUAUCAGAAGGACCAUCUAAUUCAAGUGUCAAUAAUUCAGGAUGGGACUCUCAUAGAACAACUAGAAAAACAAUGAGACAAACAUUUGGUAAAGAUUUCACUCCUAGAAAAUCAUUGAGAACUCUUGUUAUGGAAAAAACCGCUAAACGUCAUACUGUUGGAAAUUUCAGAAGUCAGGAUAUUUCAAAAAAGACAUUAAUGUCCAACAUUUAUCAAACAAAUAAUACUCAUAAUAAAACGGAGCCAGGUAAAUAUUUUAAUUAUAAUGAACAUGAACCUCCCGAAACUGAUGACAAUCAAUCCAUUAAUGAAGAAAGUCAGACCAAUGAUAACCAAAAUAACUUUAAUAAAAUAAAUAAUGAAAUUGAAAAACAAUCCGUGGUUGAACUAGAAAACCAAUUAGGUUAUCAAGAACAACUAGCAGAACCCAAUGAUCAAGAUGAGACAAUUAAUCAAUUGGCCAACCAGGAAAUUUAUAAAGAAUCAUCAAAUUAUGACGAAAAUGAUCAAAUAGCUGAUCAACAAGAAAUGGUUGUAAGUAAUAACGAUGAUGAAGCUGAAAAUAGAUCUGAAGAAAAUGAUAAGGUCGAACAAUUUACAAAUGAUGAACAAAAUCAAUCAAUUGAUCAAGAACAGGUAGCAGAAUCUUACAACAAUUAUGAAGCAGAAAAUUCAACAGAGGCUAUGAAUCAGGAAGAAAAUGUGGAUUGUGAAAAUGAAGAUAGCCAAUCAAAUGAUGAAGAACAAAUGUCAGAAAUAAACAAUGAAGUUGAAAAUCAAACCGAGGAAGACGAACAACGAGAAAUGGUAGUAACUGAUGAUGAAGCAGAAGAUGCUGUGCAGGAAGAAUUGAGGGAAUCUACAACUGAUAUGCCUAAUGAAUCGUAUGACGAAGAACAGGUAGCAGAAACAGAAGCAGAUCAUGAGUAUGAAGAUGAAAAUACAUCAGGAGUUGAACAGGAAGAAAUGAUAGAAUCUAUUAAUGACGCAAAUAAAUCGGCUUGUGAAGAACAGAUGGCAGAAAGUAGUCACAAUGAGGUCGCAAAUCAAACAGAGAACGACCAAGAAGAAGAUGAAGUUGAAAAUCAUUCUGAAGAUGAGGAACAAGAAGAGAUAAGACAAUCCGAUUGUGAACAACAAAUAGAAGAGAACGAUGACAGUGAAAACCAAUGUAACAAUGACGCAAGCAAUAAUGAUGAAAUGCCGGAAACCAACGAUGAAAAUCAAGAUAGUUAUGCCGAAGAAACGAACAAUCACCUUAAUGAUAAUGAAGAUAUAAGUCAGAUGCCUCAAGCCAAUUCUACAGAAUAUCCCGUUUUUGAAAGCACACAGGCUAAAGAAACUGCAAAGAAAGGUGUUAAUAGACAAAAAAUGCGAGAACUUAUUGAGAAGAUAAGAGUUGAAAAUGCUGAAAAGAAAAAGAGAUUUGAAGUGGAAGUUAACUAUUGGCGCAAAAAUUUAAAACCUCAAAACACAAACACCUUCUUCAAAGUACCACAAAAACCAGCCAUCAAGCGACCAAAACCUAAAGAAACUAAAAAGCCCAAACCUGCCGAUAAAAUGUUCUUUAAUGUGCUUCCACCAGAGUUCUUUGAAGACAUUAAAUAUAAGCCUCCGAAGAGGUUUCAACCGAGAAAUGCGGCUUGGGCAAAUAAACAUUUGUACACAUUUUUGGAACAGAGACUGGAGCCAAAAUAUGAUUAUAAUGCCCGCGUUCGUGCCGAGAAAUUAGUGGAAAUGAUAUACAAAUUCACACAAGACAUUAGUCGCUUAGAAGUAGCUCCUGAACCGGCAGUUACCAAUUUGAAACAAGAGAUGGCGCGCCUCAAAAUUGUCGAUACACAUUUUGACUUUUACGAAUUUAUUAUCGACUUUUUGCCUCAAGAUAUACGUCAUAAGGUGGUUCCUAGCGGCGUCAACCUCAUACCUUUACCGAGACCCAGCGUAUAUUCUAGUAUUAUGACUCAAAAUAAUUGUUAA